AGGAAAAAACCACUGGUUAAGACUUGGGCAUUUGGCAAGUUUUGGCGGCCUGGGAUCAUAUAGAACUUUGCACUCUUCAAAGCAGCUGCGAAGAGGUCAAUAUGUACCAAGAACCAUAUGACGAGGAUGAAGUCCGCGCCGACGAGGUCGAGCUGCCAACAGUAUAUGCGGGUGACGAGUAUGCCGAAGAGGAAAUAGACUAUCAAACCGAAGGUCUCCCCGCUUUUGCGCCGGAAAUCCAGAUCCCUGAGCUUGUCCGUAACUUCAUCCUUCACUUUCACCGAAAUGUCACCGAGCGGAAUGUCUGGGAUCUCCACGCGAUUUACGAAAAUGGGUGGAACAAACUCACAGAAAAGUUCUAUCCGAAGACCGCAUGGCCAGACCCAGAGGCGAUUGCCGGACUUGUGAACGAUGAUCCUGUUUUCUUGAUUUUGUAUAAGGAGUUGUACUACCGCCACAUCUACUCAAAAAUGACACCAACCAUCGAAGACCGCAUCGCGUCCUACAGCAACUACUGCGACCUAUUUAACUACAUUUUGAACUCAUCGACGGAACCGAGUGAUCUUGAGCUCCCUAACCAAUGGCUGUGGGAUAUUAUCGAUGAAUUCAUCUACCAGUUUCAGUCCUUCUGCAUGUACCGAAGCAAAGUGAAGAACAAGAGUGAGAUCGAGAUCGAGCUUUUGAAAGAGCGACCGGACGUCUGGAACGUCCACAAUGUGCUGAAUGUGCUCUAUUCGUUGAUUCAAAAGUCGCGCAUCAACGAACAGUUGCUUGUUAGCAAGAACGGAGGGGAUAUGCUGGAGGCGGCUGGCGAUUUUGGAUCCCGUCCUUUGUACAGGCUUCUCGGCUAUUUCUCAAUCAUCGGACUCCUGCGUGUGCAUUGCUUGCUAGGAGACUAUGUCCUUGCCUUGAAGACCAUGGAGAAUGUCGAGCUCAACAAAAAGGGUUUGUUUGCUCGUGUUACGGCGUGCCAUGUCACAACCUACUACUACGUUGGAUUUGCGUAUAUGAUGAUGAGAAGAUAUUCGGAUGCCAUCAAGGCAUUUGCCCAUAUCCUCCUCUUUGUUUCGCGAACGAAGCAGUACCACACCCGAUCCUAUCAGUUUGAAGCCAUUUCAAAGAAAAGCGAACAAAUGUACGCUCUUCUGGCGAUGUGUGUGGCCCUCUCGCCCCAACGUAUUGACGAAAAUGUGCACACAACGAUGAGGGAAAAAUACGGUGAACAGUCGAUGAAGAUGCAACGAGGCGAAGAGGGUCUGCCAACCUUCGAAGAGCUCUUCAACUUUGCCUGCCCCAAAUUCAUCUCACCGGUCCCGCCGGACUACGAAGUUGCGGUCAAUGCUUCGCACGAACCAACCCGCCAUCAGCAGAGGAUCUUCAUGGCGGAAGUCCGCACUCAACUCCUGGUGCCUACCAUCCGAUCAUUCCUCAAGCUCUACACUACCCUCGGAGUUGAAAAGUUGGCGGCUUUCUUAGAUCUCCCCGUCGAUGAAGUACGGACACAACUCUUGGUAUUCAAGCACAAGACGAGACAAAGGCGUUACGAAAGCGGAAGCGUGCUUGAAGGAGAUUUUGGCCCUACAACCGAUUUAGACUUUUAUCUCAAACAAGAUUUGAUUUACAUUGCGGAAAGCAAGCAAGGCCGCAGAGUGGGCGAGUGGUUUAUCAGACAUAUUAACAAAUUUGAAGAUAUCGUAUCGAACAUGGAGAAACGGCACGAAUAAGUGAUUCUGUAUAAAUGUAAUUUUUAAAAAAUGCAUACCACUAUAGCACCAAGUGUCGGUCUGUAUAUUGUUAGUGACCGACGUGUGGGCCGUAGUAUGAAAAACGGCGUGUGUUAAUGAGCAGCGCUGAACGCAGCUGCGAGGUGAUCAAAGCGCUCUUUCGAUCCUGCAGUUUCGUCGUCGGGCUAACGUAACCAAAUCCGAAAUAAAUAAAUCAAUGCG